AGUUCCACGCUACAAGAUGACUGCGCUACAGUUGUACAUCAGCAAGAGGAAGGAAGAGCAGAAGUGGUGUGAAUACUAUAAGGAACGCCAAAGGAUCUAUUUCCCGACAAAAUUAGGUCUGGCAAUGCUGCGGUUGGUCUGUUCUGGCUUGGAUUACAACCGAGGUGACAUUAUCAGUGCUGUGUCACCAACUUGCAUGAGCCACCUAGAAGCUGAUAACGAUCGCCAGGACUAUCAACUACUAACUGCACCUCGCGCUCACAAGGAUCAGCGAGUUCGACUGGAAAUCCAUGCGUCUGUUGCAAACAUUUGGCUUCAGUCCUACGACUUUCAUAUUAUAAUGCAAUUAGUUGUAAAAGUGAUCACAUGGCCGGCUACUGAACACAGACUAAAGACUCAUGGAGGGGCGGCGCAGGACCAACGCCUCGAAUAUUAUGACAAUAGCAAUCCUACAGUAAUUCCUCAAGUUGCUAGGCGGUUCUUUAUAAGCAUCUACACGUUUCUUCCGCAAGUCUGUCAUGACGGUUAUCCCGGUGCUGCUAUGGCCGAAGUCCAUCCCAACAAGACUGGCCAAGAAUUCGGGACGUUUGCCGGUCCGGCAUCAAUCCGAGACCUGAUUGGUCGAAAGUCUGGACCCAACAGCCAAUCGUA